AUGAACGAGGUUCUUGGCAUUUCUUCUGUUCAGCAAAGUUUGAGCGUUAUACAAAACGAAAAACAAAAUUUCCAUACUACAAAUGUUCCAAGUUACAAGACGCGUUCACAAUUUUCUCCCAAUGACAUUCGUAAACUCAUUCGAAAUCGCCAAUUCACGGUCUCCACAACUGGAUGGGCUGAUGGCUACGUCCAGGCUAAUUUACUAGUCUUACCGACAAAAUAUGCUGAUGACUUUCGUAACCUGUGUCUUCGAAACCCUGUUCCAUGUCCGUUGCUCGGAGAGACAGCUGCUGGUAAUCCCACCGAGUUUUCUUCAUCAUCUUUAGCGGCCAAUGCCAAUUUGGCUACAGACAUCCCCUUUUACUGUGAAUACAUCGAUGGUAAGUUCUCGAAGGAAUUGACUUGCAUUUCAAGCCAAUGGAACAGCUCGUAUGUUGGUUUUUUAAUCGGCUGCUCGUUUUCCUUCGAAGCGGCUCUUGUUGCUGCCAAUUUAGUCCCUCGUCAUCUCCCUAGCGGAAAUCCUCCUCCCAUGUUCAAGACAAAUCUUCGUCUUUGUCCAUCUGGAGUGUUUUCAGGUACCUUUGUUGUUUCAAUGCGUCCAUAUAAGGAAAAAGAUAUUCCUCUUGUACGCCGUAUCACUGCCGCGUAUACCAACUGCCAUGGAGAACCGGUUGCCUGGGGCUGGGAUGGAGCAAAGCAACUUGGCAUCGAAAAUGUCAUGCUGCCUGACUAUGGCUUCCCAGUCCAACUCCAGAAAGAUGAAGUUCCUGUGUUUUGGGGAUGCGGAGUCACGCCUCAAAACGUUGUCAUGAUGUCGAAUUUAACAGAACCUGUUUACUCUCAUAAACCUGGCUAUAUGUUUCUCACAGAUUUGCAACACGGUUUUUAA